AUGGCCUCGGAAUCAGGCGACAACGUUCUCGUCGGAGUAAUUGGGGGGAGCGGGCUAUAUCACCUCGACAAUCUGACAUUGGUCAAGCACGUCAAUCCCGAAACGCCAUGGGGAUUCCCCAGCUCGCCAAUAGCCAUCUGUGCGCUGCCCUCAGGCGUCCAAGUAGCCUUCCUAGCGCGGCACGGCAUCGGACACACCAUCGCGCCCUCAGCAGUGCCCAGCCGCGCGAACAUCGCCGCGCUCAAGUCGCUCGGCGUGCGCGCAGUGCUCGCCUUCUCAGCAGUAGGCUCGCUGCGUGAGGAGAUCGCCCCGGGCGACUUCGCGCUGCCGACGCAGAUCAUCGACCGCACCAAGGGCGUGCGCCCCGCGAGCUUCUUCGAGGGCACCAGCGUCGUCGCGCACGCCGCGUUCGGUGACCCCUUCGCGCUCCGCCUCGUCCGCUGGCUCGAGACGCGCGUCCGGCGCGUGCUCGAGGAGGAGGCUGCGGCACACGGCGGCGGUGCGGGCCCCGCGCUGCACACCGACAAGUGCAUUGUCUGCAUGGAGGGCCCGCAGUUCUCGACCCGCGCCGAGAGCCAGAUGUACCGCGCCUGGGGCGGCGACGUGAUCAACAUGAGCGUCCUCCCGGAGGCGAAGCUCGCGCGCGAGGCCGAGCUGAGCUACGCGCUCAUCGCGACGGCGACGGACUACGACUCGUGGCGGCCCCAUGAGGCCUCCGUCACCGCGGCGGAGGUGUUCAAAACGCUGCAGACGAACGCCAGCAUCUCGCGUCACGUCGCCGCGACGAUCCUCGAAGAGAUGCACGCCGCAGUGGAGGACGGGGACAUCCUCACGGAAGAGGCGGGCUCUAUGCAGUACUCGAUCAUGCCCCGGUCGGCAGAGCAAAGGGAGGAGGACCGGAAGAAGCUCAAGUACGUUUUGCCCCAGUACUUCAGCUAG